CGGGGCCGUCGCCGUGGCAACGCGGACGGACUACAGCUCCCGGCGUGCGCCGCGCAGCCGGUGGGCAGAGCUGAGCCGAGCCCGUGCGGGCUGGGCUGGGCUGUCCCUUCCCGUCCCGUCCCGUCCCCUGCUUGUGCCGCUGCCGGUGCCGCUCCCGGUGCGGUCGGAGCGAUGCCCGAGUGCCCGGAGCUGCACCUGGCCGGGCGGUACAUCAACGAGGCGUGCGGCGGGCUGGUGUUCUCGGGCGGUAUAGAGCGCUCGGCGGUGGGCAGGGGCCCGGAGGUGCCCUUCGCCAGCGAGGCCUACCGCAUCGCCGCCACUUCCCGGGGCAAGGAGCUGCGGCUGACGCUGAGCCCAGUGGCCCCCGGCGAGUCCCUGCACCUCGUCUUCCGCUUCGGCAUGUCGGGAUCGUUCCGGUUGUGCCCCGCCGCCGAGCUCCCCCGCCAUGCCCACCUCCGCUUCCUCACCGGCGAGAGCCCACCCCGCGCUCUCUGCUUCGUCGAUGUGCGCCGCUUCGGGUCGUGGCGGCUGGGUGACGCCUGGCAGCCGGACCGCGGGCCCUGCGUGCUCACCGAGUACCAGGCCUUCAGGGAGAACGUGCUGAGGAACCUGGCCGACAAGGCUUUCGACAAGCCCAUCUGCGAAGCCCUCUUAAACCAGAAGUUCUUCAAUGGAAUUGGGAAUUACCUCCGAGCUGAGAUCCUGUACAGGUUGAAGAUCCCUCCCUUUGAAAAGGCUCGGACUGUGCUGGAGGCCCUGAAGGAGCAGGAGCAGGAGAGGAGGAAGAAGAAUUCUUCCCUGACACUCAGCAAGAAGCUGAAGCUGAAGCGGGAGAACCCAGAUCUCCUGGAGCUGUGCCACACUGUGCCCAUGGAGGUCGUUGCAGCAGAGAAGAACCUCUUCGACCCAGAUGACGCAGACAACUACGCAGCCUUCAAGAGCUGGCUGCAGUGUUACUUGGUGCCUGGCAUGAGCUGCCUGCGUGACCACAACGGCAGGACCAUGUGGUUCCAGGGAGAGCCUGGCCCCAUGGCUCCCAAAGGGCAGAAGCCUCACAAGAAGCGCACUCAGCUGAAGGCAGAUCCCCAGGCUCUGACCCCCAAGGUCACCAGACGCACCUCAAAAGGGCACCCCAGGGCUGCAGCAAAGCCUCCAAAGUCAGCCAAGAAGGAGGAGAAGGAGGAAGAGGAGGCUGGUGGGCCAAGGAAGGGACGUGCUCGUGGCAGGAGGAAAGAGACUGCUGCUGUGGCUUUGUCUGAGCCUCAGGCCAAAAGGAGGCUCCGGGCAGCAACACGCAGGGGCAGAGGUGCAGCUCCUGCCGUCUGAGUGCUCAGCACCCAUGGUAACAACUCAGGAGGGCCUGGGCUAGGGCCUGGGUUACUGCUGGGCAGGCAUGGGGCCACUCUAUCCCUAUGCUCACACCUGCCUGCUGCUGCAGCAUGGGGAGGAGCUGUGCUUGGUGAUGGGGCUGAUCUACCUUCCUGCUGUCCCCAGGCAUUUGAGGGGGAUAAAGGCCACAUGUUGUGCUGGACUCUGACCCUCCCUCUGCCUAAAAGUGGGAUUCCCUCUUCCUUCCCCUCUCCCCUUUGCUGCCUGGCUGUUUUUAGCUGGCUAAUAAAGUAUUUUGUGUAGAAAUCACUGCACACCUGCUAAGGGCAACCCACACCUGCUAAGGGCAACCCACAUGGGCCUCCACUUCCACCCCCAGAAAAUAAAGGUAAGUUUUGUUUGCCCCAGCCCCAGGAGCCAGAUCCUGCUGAGGAAGACACAAAGACAGCAGCAGCUACAACAGCCCCAAAAAGGAGGCAGAUAACAGAAUAACAGGGGUUGGAAGGGACCUCCAGGGAUCAUGAAGUCCAAGCGCCCUGAACAAAGCAGGAUCACUUAGAGAUACAGGACCAUGCUCAGGUGGCUUUUGGGGGUCUCCAGAGAUGGAAAUUCCACCAUCUCUCUGGGCAGCCUGCUCCAGUGCUCUGCCACCCUUAAAAGAAGUUCCUGCACUCCUUGUGCUCAAGUUUGUGCCCACUGCCCCUUCACCUGUCACUGGGCACCACUGCAAACACACAACCAGUGCAGAUAUGUGGAAAUGAGGU